CAGCAGUACCUUUCUAGGGUCAACCCAAUUUAGGACCUUAGCAAAUUAACCACCAACUUGUGCGCCAAUAGUGUAGCUCCCCAUCGUGUUUGUGUUUGUGUGUUUGUGUCCCAAAUCUAAAACUACCCCUCACGUUACUAUUCCGGAGCGUAUAGUAUCGGUUCUAAAAAUAAAGCCAGUCCGAAGGGGUGUGUGAGUGCGCGCGCCCUCAAGCACAACCCCGCACUUAGGUGGUGACUUUAAAUUGUAUCGUAAUUCCGAGCAUUUGCGAGCAUUGCGAGUGAGGAGCUGCAUUGUUGAUGUGUUUUUUCUGUGUGUUUGUCGUGAGAUAAGACUCGUCCCAUUUCCUGCACAAUUCGCCGCAUCGAUUCCAAUUGGAAGGCGCGAAGGUGUUGCGUUCUCUUCCGCUUUUCCACUGCUAGUGUACACAUCCGUUCGAUACCCGGGGGUGUUGCGGUGUGUGAGGCUUAGCUUAACAAAAACCGUGUCCAUUUUAUCAUUUAGAAGGCGUCAGUGUCCAUCGAUAGUGCGGUAAAUACCUUUACCAAAGUGAGAUACCGCUUCCGGGUCAGCUUGUAACGACCGACCAUCAAAACCAGCUCAACCAUGAAGAGUCUCAAAAAUCCAAGAGUAUGGGUGGGCAUGAAGCCGGUACGGGCCCAUCUAGAUACGGCCAAGUUUAUGUUCUUCUAUGGCCCAAAGUUUGAGGACCAUGAGACGUACAGUCUGGAGAAAGCCGAGGACGUCCUCCAUCACAGCCGGUUCGAUAAGAACAAAAAGACGGUCAUGUACUUCCACGGCUACAUUGAAUCGCCCGAGGUCGAAAGCGUUCACGUUAUUGCCGACGCGUACCUGAAGCGUGGUGAUCACAACAUUCUCAUCCUCGACUGGGCUCUGCUGGCGGACGGAAACUAUCUGCUCGAAGCCGUCCCCAACUGCAAGAAGCUGGGAAGUUAUCUCGGUGCGGUGGUGCUGCGAAUGAUCAACGCCGGUUUGAAUGUGGACAAGCUGCAUCUCGUUGGCCAUUCGCUCGGUGGUCAGCUAGCGGGAUAUAUUGGACGCACCGUGAUAUCGCAAUCGGAAAAGCGCAUCAAGCUUAACAGAAUUUCGGCACUCGAUCCCGCCUUCCCGCCGUUCUAUCCGGGCAUCUUUGCGACCGCGCUCAGCUCCAAGGAUGCGGACUUUGUCGACGUUAUUCAUACCGAUGCGUGGCUGUACGGUGCACCGGUUAGCACGGGUACAGCCGACUUCUGGCCUAACAAUGGCAAAACCCUGCAGCCCGGUUGUCCGAAACGAAACUACAAACUGCUCACCGACAAUGAUCUGUGCAGUCACCGACGGUCUUGGUGGUUCUGGGCGGAAAGUGUAGCGGAAAGCAAUGUACAAUCAUUCCACUCGGUUAAAUGUAAAUCAUGGGACGAUUUCAAGGACGGAAAGGUUGACCGAUCGGCUUCGAUCGUCCACAUGGGAAUCGAUUGCAGUUCCGACACCUUUCGGAAAGGCAGAAUCAUCAAUAUGAACGAACCAAAGUCCAUCUUCAAGGUCGGCUUCAAAACGAACCAACAGACGGCGAUAAUCAUCCACGGGUUCAAUGGAACACAGACGAGCCGGCAUAUCAUGUUCCUAAAAGAUGCCUACCUUUCGCGCAAGUUCAACGUUUUCGCAGUCGACUGGGAGGUGCUGUCGCAGUAUCCGUGCUAUUUUUCCUCCCUAUCCAACACAAAGCUGGUGGCGCAAUGUACCGCACAGCUUUAUUCCUUCCUUACGUUUGCCGGCUGUACCAGCAAGCAGAUAACAUGCGUGGGCCAUUCGCUCGGUGCCCACAUAUGUGGGAUGAUGAGCAACCAUCUGACGAAGAAGCAAUACAAAAUUAUUGGUCUAGACCCCGCACGGCCAUUGAUUGAGAAGCACGCGUCGAAAAAGUUUCGCCUAACGCGAGAAGAUGCGCGCUCGGUGCAGAUUAUACACACAAAUGCCGGUUUACUUGGGCAAAGCUCAUUUACCGGCCGGGUGGACUUUUGCAUCAACGGUGGACAGGUGCAGCCGUACUGUGAGGGUGACCGAAUAAAACAAGCUCGAUGUAGUCACUUUUUGAGCGUAUGCUAUCUGGCCAACGCGAUUCUAGCGGCCAGACCGAUGCGAGCGUUCCGAUGUCCGUCCGGAUGCGUUCCCGACAAUCGGAUACCCUUCGUGAAGUCGAACCGAGUGCACGCCCAGGCACAGCAUCUACUGGCGCAGGCCCUCUACCUGGGCGAUCCGGACUUGUUCAACACGACGCGGGAGGAUUGCGUGUGGAAGCGCGGCAACGGGCAGGACGUUUGUCCGGAUGAGGACAUCAGCAUCUAUCUCUACACGUCCGCUCAGCCCGAACAGAAGUAAUUCGACCAUCGGCUUCGGGAUUGGUUGAACAACACCGAAUGGGACCAUGCGAAGGAGAACAUCAUUCUGAUACACGGGUACGCCGGCGGUGAUGAUACGCUACCGAUUGCGGUUCUCCGAGAUGCAUACAUUAACCACGGUGGAUACAAUGUGUUCCUGGUCGACUGGGGAGCACUCUGUCAGCCACCGUGCUAUGUCGCAGCCGUCUACAACAUACGUCCGGUGGCGACCUGUCUGGCGCAGAGUUUGAUGCAGUUGCGAGACCUAGGACUCCCGGUGGAAAAGACCACCUGUGUUGGCCAUUCGCUGGGUGCGCACAUCUGCGGUUUGAUGGCGAAUUACCUCAACUUCCGAAUGGAGCGCAUUAUUGCGCUAGAUCCUGCGCGACCACUCAUCAAACCGGGCGGCGUUAAUCGGCUCGAUCAGGGAGAUGCCAAGUACGUGCAGGUCAUACACACGAAUGCUGGCCAUUACGGUGAGGGAGGUCGUGUGGGACAUAUCGAUUUCUGUGUUAACGGUGGCAGACGGCAACCGUACUGUGGCAACAGCACAAACAUCAACUUAUGCAGCCACAUUUGGGCUAUUUGCUAUAUGGCACAGUCACUGUACGAAGGACAAGAACCGAUGGCGGAACCGUGCAGUCGCCGAUGUCCUUCCAAUGCGGUGCUGUCGGGCAUCAGACAGGGACGAAGACGGUUUGGUUAUGCGAUGGGUUACGCCAUACCGAUGGGCUUGAAAACACCACAAAAUGCCGCCGGCUCGUACUGCAUCAAAGACAAUAAUCCACCCUUCUGCCCAUCGCAUCCCAAGAUGCCCGGCGAUCAGCGGUGUUGCAUAUAA